AUGUCCAUUCAAACUAGCAACCCUGAUGAGUCUUUAAAGUCAUUGUCGCUUAUUGCGGCACACUCUCACAUCACUGGUUUGGGUUUAGAUGAACACCUACAACCAAGAGAGUCUAGUGAAGGUAUGGUGGGCCAACUGCAAGCAAGAAGAGCAGCAGGUAUCAUUUUAAAGAUGGUACAAAAUGGAACCAUCGCCGGUAGAGCUAUCUUAGUUGCAGGUCCACCAUCCACAGGUAAAACUGCGAUGGCUAUGGGUCUCUCGCAAUCUUUAGGUAAAGAUGUACCAUUUACUGCUAUUGCAGGUUCAGAGAUCUUUUCAUUAGAAUUAUCCAAGACUGAAGUAUUGACACAGGCAUUUAGAAAAUGCAUUGGUGUUAAGAUUAAGGAGGAGACUGAAUUAAUCGAAGGUGAAGUGGUAGAAAUUCAAAUUGAUAGAUCUAUCACCGGUGGACACAAACAAGGUAAAUUGACCAUUAAGACAACUGACAUGGAAACGAUUUAUGAAUUAGGUUCAAAGAUGAUCGAUGGAUUGACCAAGGAAAAAGUCUUGGCCGGUGAUGUGAUCUCUAUCGAUAAGGCCAGUGGUAAAAUCUCUAAGUUGGGUAGAUCUUUUGCCCGUUCAAGAGACUACGAUGCUAUGGGAGCCGAUACAAGAUUUGUACAAUGCCCCGAAGGUGAAUUGCAAAAGCGUAAAACUGUGGUACACACGGUUUCACUACAUGAGAUUGAUGUCAUUAACUCCAGAAGUCAAGGAUUUUUAGCGCUUUUCACUGGUGACACUGGUGAAAUUCGUUCAGAAGUUCGUGAACAGAUUAAUACAAAGGUUGCUGAGUGGAAGGAAGAAGGUAAGGCAGAAAUCGUACCAGGUGUCCUUUUCAUCGAUGAAGUACACAUGUUGGAUAUCGAGUGCUUUUCCUUUAUUAACAGAGCUCUUGAAGAUGAAUUUGCUCCUAUUAUUAUGAUGGCAACCAAUAAGGGAAUUUCGAAGACAAGAGGUACCAACUAUAAAUCGCCGCAUGGACUACCAGUUGAUCUAUUGGAUAGAUCAAUUAUCAUCACAACUAAAAACUAUAAUGAACAAGAUAUAAAGAUAAUUUUGUCGAUUAGAGCUCAGGAAGAAGAAGUGGAAUUGACUAACGAGGCGCUUGAUCUUUUAACUAAGAUUGGUGGUGAAACUAGUCUUCGUUACAGUAGUAAUCUAAUUUCAGUUUCACAACAAUUAUCUCUAAAGCGUAAGGCAACACAAGUUGAUGUUAACGAUGUGCAGAGAUCCUAUUUGUUAUUCUUGGAUGCAUCCCGUUCAGUGAAAUACGUUCAGGAGAAUAACUCUCAAUACAUCGAUGAUCAAGGUAACGUUGGUGAUCCAAUGGAUACUACUGAAUAA